AAUUUAACAUUAGAUAUUUCAUUGCUACCUGGUAAACAGUAACGUUGUAUUAAUUGGAGUACAGGUUCUCACGACUUUGAUUGAUUAAUAAGGGGUGUCUAACUUAGCAUUAGAGUCAGUAAGUAGAAAUAAAAAUUUACCCAAAAUGUUGCAAAUUUAAAAAAAGUUUUGGUAAUAGUAUGAACAUGAAUGAUGAAGAUACGGGAUGCUAUCUAGUUCUCCCAAUACACCAUUGAACCACAAAAUUAAAGGCCCUGUUGUAAAUAUUGUUCUUUUUUUUAGGGGGAUAAUGGUGGGCAACCCUUUCUUUCUUCCAUUCCUUGAGUUUUUUUGUAGAUUCAGAUUUACGUGGACAACAAUUGCAGGCUUUUUCCCUUCAAGUAAGGAAAUUGUUCUAGCUUAUCCAAAAUUCGAUGCCCUCGUUUAUAGCCGGAUUAUAGUGGAAUAUUACUGUGCAGCUUUUUUGUAUGCGAUGAUUGAUGACAGAUAUAAACUGUUAAUUAACUAACAAGCAUCAGAAGACAUGGCAUAUCCUCAGGCCCACUGACUUUGACAAUUAAGUCAAGAGAAUCAAAAAGAAAAAGGAAGAGGCACCUCCCUUGAUGGCUGGCAGAUGCUAUUCAUUUACAUACACUUGGAAACAUGAAAUCAACACUGCAGGGCAUAAACAUGAUCUACCGAUGAGAUCGCUUCUCACUACCAUGAAAAAUAGUCUAAAAGCUAAGACUUUACUAAACCAUCUAAUUAGUGGGAAGACAACGCGUAUCCGCAAUUUUGAGCGUGAUUGUCUACUAAAAUGACCUGAAUCAGUAUUAGUAGAAAGAAAGAGUUGAGCUUCAUUGCCUAGACAUAAAGGUUAUCCCUUUUAUUGUAAUAAUGAUAAUAAUAUGGUCACAAAAUCUUAUCCUAUCCCACUUGAUCCUUUAUUUAUCCAAUUGAUUCAUUUAUUGGAGGCUGGUGGUUUACGCACGCACGUCAAGUCAAAAAAAUUCUACUCAAACUCUCCCUGCAACACAACAGCCUCAAAGUUCUUUCUGACUGUGACGUGUACCUUCUGGCCACCAACUUGGCACCUCUCUAAAAAAUAAUUCCAUUGUUUUUCACCCUUCUAAAUUCUACUCCCUUACUUCUCAACCACGUCUAACUUGGUCCAUAAUCUUCCAUCUUUUUUAGCUUAGCUACUCGAUUUCUUAGGUAGAGGUAAUGUAGUGGCAAUAGUACCCUGUUUUAGGCAAAUUGAAUGGUAUGCUGAAGUUUCUUAUUACAAUUUGUAAAUCCAUAACGUUGAUGUUUGUGGAUUUUGUUAACCAACACUUUUAAAUACAAAAUACUUGGACAUAAAUACUAGGGACACGUUUUAAGUGAGUGAUUUUGGGUUUGGAAAUAUUCUAUUGCUCACCUACAAUUUUGCUCUCCAUGAACCGUGUAAGCUAUAACCAUGACAACCACAUGUCAAAAAACACCAAACCCCGACAGCACGACCAAUCAAAUGCCACUGGCAAGAACCAAUCUUGCAAGUAAAAAACCCAUUCCCAAUCAUAUCAACGGUUUUCAUCAACUCCACGUGGCCGAGGUUAAGCAUAAAACCCAGGAUCUUCCUCCACGCCUCCAUUCUUCCCUCUUUUUCUUUUACGUCAAAUGGCAUGCCUUUCUUGUUUCUAGCUCUAAAAAAUAAAUCGUGCCAUUAUCAAACCGUUUUCCGAAUUAUCCAUUGACAAUAUCCACGUAAGACUAAACAUAAGACGUAUAUAAAUACCCAUUUGGGCCCUCAAGAAACACACGCCAAAAAGGAGCAUAAACGGAAGAAAGAAAAAAAAAAGAGAGAGAGAGAGCUUUGAGUUUCAGAGAUGGAGAGAAAGAGAAAUAACCAGAAAGUUUCUUGGACUAGAGGGAAGUGUUUAGGCAAAGGCUCCUUUGGAACUGCAACAUUGGCAACCAAUGAAUCCAACGGUGCCGUUUUCGCGGUUAAGUCCGUCGAUUUGGCAACAUGUCUUCCUAGCCAGUUGGAGUCUUUGGAGAACGAAAUUAGGAUCCUCCGUUUGCUUUCCUCUCCAUAUGUCGUUGAGUAUCUCGGCGAUGAUGUGACCAGGCAUGAGUCCCCGACGACGUCUUACCGGAAUCUUCACAUGGAGUACAUGGCAGGUGGUACCGUUGCGGACGAAGCGAUUGUUAAGUCCCGUUUUGCUGACGUGGAGGAGAAGAUUUUGCGGUGGCACACGCGGUGCUUAGUUUCGGCUUUGAAGUACGUACACAGUGAAGGCAUUGUUCACUGCGACGUAAAGGGGAAAAAUGUUCUGGUGGGCCAUGAUUUAACAUCCGUAAAGCUCGCGGAUUUCGGCUCAGCAAUGGUUGAGAUUAAAAACGAAAGAUCGGGUGACAGGUGUAGGUCCGUGAUAUCGCCACGUGGAAGUCCUCUCUGGAUGGCUCCGGAGGUGAUUCGCGGUGAGUAUCAAGGACAGGAGAGUGAUGUUUGGUCUUUAGGCUGCACCAUCAUCGAGAUGGUCACCGGGAAGCCAGCUUGGAAGGAUCAAGGCUUCAAUUCACUGAAUCGAAUUGCUAAUUCAGAGGAAUUGCCUGAGUUUCCAGCUCAGCUAUCUGAACUAGGUAAGGAUUUCGUGGAGAAGUGUUUGAGAAGGGAUCAGAAUCAAAGGUGGAGUUGCGAUCAGCUGCUGCAGCAUCCAUUUGUAGCAUCAGCUUCAGCGCCUAUUAUGAUCGGGGAAUCAUCUCCCCGCUGUGUGCUCGAUUUCACCAGCACCCAUUUCGAAAAGGCCGAAGAUACGGAGAGUAUUGAAGCUUCAGCGAGGGAAAGGAUUGGUGAAUUAGCGACGGAAGGAGGGGCAAUUUGGGAAUCAGAUGAAUGGGUGGCGAUAAGGGGUUACGCUCCUGAAUCAGGUACAAACUGUGAUGAAGGGACAAUCACGGAAUAUCCGGAAUCGAUGAGAACAGAGAAGGAAACGGAAGAGACUAGUUCGGUAUAUUCGGGUUGGAUGGGGAUUACUCAAGGAAUUGGAAGCACGGGUUUGGUGUUGUUCGAUUGUUUUGAUAACACCGUUGUGUGGCAAAGUGGUAAUUGCGAGAGUGUGAAAGGGCUAAAAUGGUCGUCAAGUGGUGCACCAUGUUGCGAGUCUUUGGCUGGUUCGUGCUGUCGGGAUACGUCAGAAAAGGUGGAGUUAACGGCGGAGAAGGAAAAGUUGAGAGUCCACAGAUUUUGUAAUUUAUUAUUACAACUAUUCUUGUGUAUUUUAAGAAUAUUCAGAUACGGCUUAUGGAUGUUUUCUAAUUACUCCUUCGCUACUAUAUUCUUUACAUUUCAUUCUCAGCCUCAAAUUUUUUUUGGUCAUGCGAUCCCCAUCGUUUCUUUUUCACCAUCACAUCAAACCUUGUUCGAAAGUAAAAUGUUUUUCUAAAAUUUAUCGGUCAGUCAUUAUAAAGAAAGGCAUUGCAGAAAAUGGAAAGCUUUGUCAUAGGCCACUAAUAUCAGUGAUGCCACACAUUCUUUGAACAACAUUAAGGAUGUUGGAAGCUUGAAAUUUUAGUCUCAAUUUCUACUUUCAUUGGGACUUUGUUUAUCAAGAAAUAGAAAUAUACUAGUACAAUUUUGCUUUUGGAAAGGAUAAGUAUAAUAAGAUAACAAUUUGAGGA